AUGACUUCGUCCCUGCUAACACCCGCAGCAGCAGCAGUCACUAUCAUGCUUCUUAGCCUACUGCUUGGAUCUGUAGAGCAAGUUAGCGGACUGCGUCAUAUUCCCAAGUCCCAUAAGAAGACCACCACUGAUGUCAAACACCCUGAUUUUCUAGUCACCAUUGAGCCCAAACCAACUAUUCUCAUCCCCGGUGUUGGAAGGUUCUUGCUUCCUCCCAAAUGUAAGAAACCAUUCUUCCCUUACAAUCCUGUGACUGGAGCUCCCCUUACUGGUGGGUCUAUCGGUGGCCUCCCAUCAUACGGUGGUGGACAAGGGGCCGGAACUCGCACCCAGCUCCCUGGUGGCGAUGAUACCCUUGUCCCAAACCCCGGAUAUGAAGCUCCUAUUGGUGGAGCUGGCGCUGGAACAACCGCUCCUAUUGGUGGAGCUGGCGCUGGAACCAACGGCCAAGUUCCUCCGGUCCCACAACCCUGA